AUGCCCGAAGUCGUUCGAGGUAGUCGUGCGAGCGUUCAAAUAGAACGACCCGACGUUCCCGUUGAACACGACGACGCGCCUGCAACUCCCACCAGCCCUACAAGAGAGGGGAGAAACGUUCAUUUCUCUCCCGAAACGCCGAAUUCACCUCUAGAGUCACCACCUCCCCUUGGUACACAUCGAACCGAUAGUGGGCUCAGCAUUGGCUCCGGACAGAGAAAAAGCUUUCAGUCCAAACGCAGGAAGAGCAGUGAUGUGAGACCAGAUCAAGAUGUUUAUUAUGACAGCCGUGCUGCGACCAAGAGAGAGUUCAAAAGACGCGCAAGCACUUUACAGGAUUACUAUGCUCAGAAUCCAGAAUUACUUCCACAACUACCGUUCACGUGGAAACGUGGCUGGAAGCGGUGGAAGUUAUUUCUAACCAUCGCCCUGAUGGUGGUGGACGCAUGUGUGGUUCCUAUCGUUCUGUACUACACCAUGACAUUUGCUGGAAAUGUACAGGGCUUCAUAGUCUUCGCAGUCGUCGCCACCAUCUGGGGUGGUCCUGCUUACGUCGAAUUUGCUGUCCGCUCAUGGAGACUCAUCAAGAAGGAAAAUUUCUUCCGACCCUUGGACACAAAUAGCCGUUGGGCAUUCGACAUUUCACACUGGAUUUUCUCCUUGACUAUUUUUGCCAUCACCGCUUUUCUAAUCAUCGGCAGCGCCCCGCAUAUAGUCUGGUUACGCGUUCUUUCGAUGCCCGGACCUGCAAUUCUCUACUGCUUAGGCGGAUCUAUCCUAAUUAUUACCGUCUGGAGCGAGCUGAAGAGACCAGCGCCCUUUCGGAUUAGUUCUACUCCCAAAGGUGGCAAGGUACAUCCGGGUGUAUAUUAUCUCAUGGAGGAUGUUGUGGCCGUCAACGCUGGUGCAGGAAGACCUUUUCGCGAGGCUUUGGCAUCCAGAUAUCAAGCAAGCCCUCGAUUUAGGAGGAUGCUCAGAGUUCAAUCCUGGUUUUGGUCUGUGCCGGCUCUUGUUGUAGCAAUUGCUUGUACUGUACUCAUCGUCAUCCAUCCCAUCCACAAAGCAGUUGCCUAUGGAAUUGGAUGGGGUGUUCCAUUUGUAUGGGCCGGUAUCUGGGCUGCCAUUUCCAUCCCAUGGAUACGGAGGGAAAUGCACAAGGAGAAAGAAACUUGGGAGCUGGACUGUGGGGUAUCUCCUGCUGAAGAGAAAGCACUCAAGAGGGCUGCUACUGACAGUUCCACCAACGGAGAUGCUACAAAACCCAAAUUGCCUGUUCCUGAGUCUGAGUCUGAGCCUGAGCGUCAGCCAGAACCUUAA